ACCCGGAAGCAAUUGGACGGCAAGAAACGCAUGUUUCCUGUAGUUUGUGUUGUUUUGCUGAAGCCAAAGUCAAACACGUACACACGCUGUACCAUAAUGAACAACUGCAGAAGAAUAGCACGUAAUUGUGGCUGUAGCUCCGGACUGAACAGCCUCAUGUCCCGCUUCAAGACGCGGACAAACGGUGACUCGUGUCCCGGAGCAGCGCCGUCUCACAACCGGGGUCAAGCCACCGUUGCCGGGGGGAAACCCCGGUUGACAGCGGCCGACCUGGCUCAGCAGGUCCAGCAGGAAAAGACGAAGACACCGGCUACCGAAACUCCGAUGUCCAAGCAGCAGAAGAGGGUGAUGGAGUUGAAACAAUUCACUCUGCAGCUGCAAAAUGUUCACCCGAACGUCCUGGCCAAACACCUAUUCAGAGGCGUGUUGUACCAGGACAAACAUGUAGUGGUCAUCAACAAACCGCACGGUGUCCCGGUUCAAGAUGCCUCCAGGGGUACAGCCAUCUCAUCCGUACUUCCCGCCCUUUCUAAAUUGAUGGAUGGAAUGAAGACCAAAUCGGAUUCACAGUUGUUCCCUUCUCUGGGACUGGAGAAGGAGACAACAGGAGUUCUCCUACUGGCCAGGAGUGACGAGGCAGUGAGUUACAUACUCAACAUGCACAGAGAAAACAACGUGCAGAGGAAAUACUGGGUCAUCACAGUCGGUGUACCUGUGCCAUCUGAGGGAGUCAUUGAUAUUCCCAUCAUAGAGCGAGAGGUCACUGGCCCCAAGCCACACUACAAGAUGGGGUUAAGUCCUCUUUUCAGAAUGAAUGACUCGGGUGAUGGUGUGACCAAAGUGCGAGGUCAUCGGCAAGCUCAUCCCGCUGUGACCAAGUACAGAGUCCUGGACAGCAGCACUGGCUGUAGCCUUGUGGAGCUUCAGCCAUUAACUGGAGUGAAGCACCAAAUGAGGGUUCACAUGGCAUUAGCAUUGGCAUGUCCCAUUCUAGGUGACCAUAAAUAUUCCCACUGGAGCAAACUGGCACCACAGAAAUUACCAGAACGCGUGUUGAGUAAGCUUGGACUGGAACAGAGCAAGAGCCGGUACAUUCCUCUUCAUUUGCACGCACGGCAGCUGACGCUAUCGCGCGCCAGCGAAGAUGACAUCGAUGUCUCCUGUCCACUCCCAAAAUACUUCACACAAUCACUGAAACACCUGCAUUUAACACUUCCUGAUAAAAAGGAUGAUGAAUAAAAUAAAUCUUCGCUUGUUUGAAUGUAUGCAAGUGGCCUUGUUAAGAACAUGAUGUCAUGUGUGGGAAAAAUAUGGAAAUGUUUAGGUUAAAUGGAAGAUUUGUUUGUAUAAAGAGAGUGAAAUUAACUGCACAGUGCUUUUUUUAGUAAUAAACAAAUGGAGCAGAACUGUA